UCGGUCCACGAGCAACUUCUUUCCUUCUCCUCUUCAAUCGAUUCUGCUUCUUCGCCCAUCCAUUCUGCUUUUAGAAAUCCCUAGUAAUGGCUUCCGAUUCACAGCGCCUGGUUCACUCUCUCACUGAUCACCUCGCGAUCUACCAUUCUCGCAUUUCCAACCAUCGCCCUAGUCCUGAUUCUAAUCCUCGCGCCUUCGUCCUCCGCUGGUUCUCUUCUCUCUCUCCCGAUCAGCGCCAGGCUGUUCUCACUGUCUUCGACUCCUCAUUUCUUCUAAUCCUUUUCCAGAUGCAGUCCCGCCUCCGCAGCCAAGGUCACUCGCGCUUCAUCCUCCUUCCCGACCUCCCCUCUUCCUCCCCUUCGAACCCAUCCCUCCCAUCUCUGUCUUUCCGCCCCUCUCGUGGGCUCAUCGCCCGCUCCGCGGCAUCCAACUCUUCCGCCCUGCUGCUGUCCGACUCCCUACUUUUUUUCACUUCCGGUUCGUCUGGUGUCAAUCUGGCGGACGCACUAACCGUCUCCGAGUCCCUUGUUAUAGAUGUUGACCGUUUCGUUAGUGUUAUGGAUGGACUAUCUGGCGGGAGGUUUCUCUGUGAGGAUGUAGAGAUGGUGGGUCUCACUGUGCAAUGGGUGGAGCUUCCAUGGCUGAAGGAUAUGGGGUAUUACAGCUUGGAAGCAUUUGUAGCGAAUCGACUUGAGGUGGCCCUGAGGCUGGCUUGGAUUAGUUCGCAAGCGGGGAAGAAGCCCAAGGAGAAGAGGUUGAAGGAAAGGGCGGCAGAGGUCGCAGGAAAGGCGGCAAAUGUAUUUUGGAGGAUGAAGGGUUGUCUUGAUUGGUGGGUUGGGUUGGAUCCCGGAUCAAGGAAGGGGAUCAUUUCUGCUUUCUUUGGGAAAGCAUCAAAGACUCUGGUUAAUGAGAUAAUUAAGGGAGAAAAUGCUGCUUUGACCAACAGAUUUGGUAUCUUAAACAUUGGAAAAAAUAUGGAUUUGCGAUAUGGUGACUUGUCAUCUUGGAAAAAGGCUAAGCAUGCAUGCUUCAGAAGCGAUGCAGAGUUUGGAAUGGAUUUUCUGCCUAUUGCAAUAUCUAGAGUACCAAAUAAUCUUGCUAAUACUUUGAAAAAGUUGGUUGUAGUUCAUGCCAUAUCCAAUGUACUUAUAGCAUGGCAGUCGUGCAAAGUUGAAACUGAGAAAUUGUUCUUUUGUUCACCGGGUUCUAAUCUCUCGGUUUUUGACAAUAUAAAGAUGAAAUUGCAGGGAUUUCUCAUUGUUUUGUAUGCUAAUUUCAUAAAUCAUGAACUCAUGGUUGAUACAAACCAGAGUAUCUUCCCUGAGAAAUCUGAAGGAAAACAUAAUUCAGUAUGUAGGAAAAGUAAAAACAAAUCCCGUUAUUCAAGGAAGUCUAAUACUGUGCACAAGGUUUACAAUUCUGCUUCUAUGUCCCAGGAAAAUUAUAAGAAACACGAUUGUAGUUCUGAGCUUUGCUGCCAAGAGAGUACUUCUUUGGUUGCUAGAAAAGACAUAGAUGGCGCUGUUUCUCAUGUUAUAAAUAAUGCCCCUGAAGUGAAAUCAUUAUCUGCACAUGAUGAGAUGGACAACUCAAAAGUGGGAGUUUCAGUUGAUAGCAAGGAAACUAAUGAUAAAAGAAAUGGUAGAAGAAAAAAGGCCAAAAAUAAAAGCUCUAAUGUAAAGAAUACUGGAAAACCUAAAGACAAAUACAGCAAUGACACUGUUCUAUCUACUGAGAGAGAACAGGUGGAUACCAGUGGUUUUGUGUGUAGUUCAAAUCAUCAGCCCAAACCUGUUGAUAUAUCAUCAUAUAACAAUGUUUUGGCAACAUCUGUCUCUGUAAUUCCUAAGGAAUAUCAGUCUCUUUGUUUUACUGAAGGUAAAUCAACUACUAUUGAAGAACACCAUCCUAGUUCUGGGAAAAUAGAAAAUUAUAUGUUUACACCUGUUUCACAUUGUCCUCGAAAGAGCAAAGAAUCUUUACAAAACACUCUUUGGAAUAGUACAUAUCCCAUUAGUCAGAAUGAUCCAUGGAUGGGAACUACCUCUUGCUCUUCCCCUCAGGCCAGUGAUCAUGAUAAUUUGACUAAUAAGGGGAAGCACGGACAUCAAACUUGUAAUGCUGCUAGUGGCCCUGCUUCAAAUUCUUUUGUUUCAAUGGAAUGCUGCCAUACAGCUUCUGAUGAACGAAGCACAGUAAUACACAAUGGUGGCGGUAAAUUCCAUGCAUACAGAGACACAAAUUACAUGGGAGGCGCAUCAUAUGAAUGGCCCAACAUAACCCCCAUUCAUUUUCCAUCUAUUAAUUCACGUCUCCUCCCUGCAACUGACAGACUGCAUUUAGAUGUUGGUGUCAGAUUGCCUUAUUACAAUCAUCAAUCCUUUGUGGCAUCAAAGGCUCAUCUGAGAAACUCUUUAAACGAGUUUGGACAUAACCGGAUCUUACCUUCUUUGACUUUUCCCAUGAGCUAUGACUGGCCUCCCAUGAUUAAAAAUUGUAGCAGAGUGAGUCAAACCCAGACUAUAGGAUAUGAAUCUGCAUAUAAUCAUAGCAUGCCCCCUUUGUUCUCGGGACUUGCCUCAUGUGCUGCUCAUGGAGUGCAGGCUAAUCUGGCACCUUUUGAUAAUGACGUUAAGCAUGCUGGAGAUAUUAUUGAUGUUUGUGAUAUGAAAAACAUAUCUGAUUUCGUUGAAGAUGAAUGCUAUUGGUUAUCUGAAGAGGAAUCUGAGUCUUAUGUAAGGUCUGGUAGAGAUUAUAAUAAUUAUUUUGGUGGUGGAGUUAUGUAUUGGAACCCCGCUGAACUUGUUGGAACCGGUUUUUCACGUCCCCCUUCCCACAGUUCUGAAGACGGCUCAUGGGCUUGGUAUGAAGCAGACCUUAAUAGAACUAUUGAUGAUAUGGUUGGUUGUAGGACGGGGUUACCUUCUUAUGGUACAAAUGGCUUGGCGUCACCACCUUCUUCCUAUUGUUCACCAUUUGAAAAUAUGGCUUCUGGACACCCAUCACUCGGUUAUUCCAUUGCAGGAAAUGAUGCUUCUAGUACUGCAGUGCAUUCACCAUCAUUGGCAGACCUCCCGGAUGAAAAAAUCCAAUCUUCUGCUAACUCAACUGCUGGCAUUGAAGGAGUGAAGGGAGAUCCACCUCCAUACCCAAUGUUGCGCCCAAUCAUUAUUCCAGGGAUGGCGAGAAAUAGAUCUCGAUCAGACUCCAGGCAUGGUCAUGAUAGUAAAAGCCCUUGUUUACCUUCAACAAGGAGAGAUACUCCGCUUGCAAAGAGACCUCCUUCUCCUGUGGUUCUUUGUGUUCCACGAGUGCCUCAACCCCAUUCAACUUCUGUUGGAGAAUCAAGGAAACGAGGAUUUCCAAUUGUUAGAUCUGGUAGCUCAAGUCCUAGGAAUUGGGGUGUAAAAGGUUGGUGCCAUGAAGAAAACACUGCAGCAGACACUCGCCUUUGUUUAGAUGGUGCUGAAGUUGUGUGGCCAACUUGGGCAAGCAAAGGCCUUGGGGUGACUGCCGUGGCUCAAUCUCUUCAAGGAUCUCUGCUCCAGGAUCAUCUAAUCAAAAUUUCUCAACUUGCCCAUGAUCAAGAACACCCAGAUGUUGCAUUACCUUUACAUCCACCUGAUGUACUGAAUGGCUCUUGCAUGGGAUCGCUAUCAAGGAUGCAAAAUCUUCUUCACGAGGAAAUUGACAUAUUCUGCAAGCAGGUUGCUGCAGAGAAUUUGAACCGGAAGCCAUUCAUUAAUUGGGCUGUCAGACGGAUCACGAGAUCACUUCAGGUUCUUUGGCCUCGUUCUCGCACCAAUAUAUUUGGUUCUAAUUCAACUGGGUUAGCUCUUCCAACUAGUGACGUAGAUCUUGUUGUAUCCCUUCCUCCUGUAAGGAAUUUGGAACCUAUUAAAGAAGCUGGAAUUCUUGAAGGGAGAAAUGGCAUUAAGGAGACAUGUCUGCAGCAUGCUGCUAGAUAUCUUGCAAACCAAGAGUGGGUUCGGAAUGACUCGCUUAAAACAGUUGAGAACACAGCUAUUCCUGUGAUCAUGCUUGUGGCUGAAGUUCCUUGUGAUAUAACUUUAUCACAUGGAAACUCUUCCAUUGCGGAUAUAUCUAAAGAGAAAUCAUCCAAGAUAUCUGAAGAACAUAACAGUUCUUCAAAGGAUUCAAUAAUUACAGAAGAUGUCGUUGCUGUUGGUGUGAAGCCAAUACGUCUUGAUAUUAGCUUCAAGUCAACAUCUCAUACGGGGCUCCAAACUUCUGAGCUGGUUAGAAAGCUUACUCAACAAUUUCCUGCUUCUGUGCCUUUAGCUUUAGUGCUUAAAAAGUUCUUGGCAGAUCGUAGCUUGGAUCACUCUUACUCAGGCGGGUUAAGCUCAUAUUGCUUGGUUUUACUGAUUACACGGUUCCUUCAACAUGAGCACCAUUGUGGUUAUUACAUGAAUCAAAACCUGGGAAGUCUUUUGAUGGAGUUCCUUUACUUUUUUGGGAAUGUUUUUGAUCCACGCCAAAUGGGGAUUUCAAUCCAAGGAAGUGGACUUUAUAUGAAAAGAGAAAGAGGCCUCAGCAUCGAUCCAAUACAUAUUGACGACCCCCUCUUUCCAACUAAUAAUGUUGGGCGGAAUUGCUUUAGGAUACAUCAAUGCAUCAAGGCUUUUGCAGACGCAUACAGUAUACUGGAAAGUGAAUUCUCUCAGAUUUCUGAUGAAUAUAUUUCAAGUUCAGCACCAUCAUUUAGGUUGCUUCGAAAGAUUGUACCAAGCAUUGACUGAGAAAUGAGUUUUCGCAAUAGUUCUAUUCUUAUGUCCGGAUCAACUGUUCCAUUUAGAAAUUGUGAAGUAUUAUUUUUUAUUAACUUAAUAUUAAGGUUUUCUCUGUUGUUCGCUGCCUACUUUUUACUAAGGCCGAUAUGAGGAAUCUGUAAUUGGAACUGGAAAACUGAUCUGAGUUAGUUUGCUGCACAGCCAUUUACGCAUUGGAACAAGAUUUUUAUUGCCGCUAGCGGAUAUUGAUAAUCCAUCUGGUGGAUUGAAGUAUGCCAUUAUUACGUGGCAUAUUUAGUCCUCGUAAUAUGUUUCUUGUGUUCGGAAGCCAGCUUUGUUUAAGACAGAAUUGGACAAAGAAAAGGGAGCGCUUAAUGUCAUGAGCAUAAAUUUUGGUAUUAAUUUAUGGAUUUCAAUGUUUAGAAUCUUCAAUAAAAUUCUUGAAGAUCACACAGGUUAUGUUUGUCUCGCCAACUACAUUUGCUGGAUGCCGUGCCAUCAUUUGCUCUUGAUCCAAUUUGGAAGUGAAACAACAGAAGAUGAAGAAGAGGACUUUAAAUUGCUCUCAGGUAGGCCAAAGAAGAGCAAGUGGAGAGAAGAUGGAGAAUCCCUCGCCGGUGACGGAAAGCAGUAAAUGGGAAAGGCAUGACUGCUGUUGAAGGAACUUGCAAUAUUAUGAGGCAUGACGAAGACAUAUCCAACAAAGAAGAAGAAGAUGAUCUAUUGUUUGAACAAACAAACAAAGCUGCAGGUGUAGAAAAAAAUAAAAUAAAAUUAAGGAAGAUAAGCGUUGCUGAGGAACUGUUGAGUAUGAUAAAUAAUAAAACUAUUCACAGUUGCUCUCUUCUGUUCAGCAAUGCUGUUGCUGAAUUUCUUAGUUUAUGUUGUAUGCUUCUCCUGAUACAUUUCUUAAUGUAAAAGUUUAAAAUACCAAAGCAUGCUGUGUGUAAAUAUGGAAAUUUAGGCCUGAGAUAUGUAAAUGCAUAAGGAUUGUGUGCUACUGAUGUAAAUUUCCCAGAAAUAAAUGAUUAAUAAGAGACCCAUGUU